AUGAUGUCGUAUCUUAAGCAACCACCUUACGCCGUCAACGGACUGAGUCUUACCACCUCUGGCAUGGAUCUGCUCCACCCGUCCGUUGGGUACCCAGACCCUCUGCCUGGCUUUUUUCCCCCAGCCACCCCUCGCAAGCAACGGAGGGAACGUACCACCUUCACCCGGGCCCAGCUAGACGUCCUGGAAGCUCUCUUCGCUAAGACCCGCUACCCAGACAUCUUCAUGCGGGAGGAGGUGGCCCUCAAAAUCAAUCUCCCGGAGUCCAGAGUGCAGGUGUGGUUCAAAAACCGUCGAGCCAAGUGCCGCCAACAGCAGCAGCAACAACAGAAUGGCGGACAGAACAAAGUGAGGCCUGCAAAGAAGAAAAGUUCUCCCGCUAGAGAAGUGAGUUCGGAGAGCGGGACCAGCGGGCAGUUCACUCCUCCGUCCAGCACCUCGGUCCCAACCAUUUCUAGCAGCAGUGCUCCUGUCUCCAUCUGGAGUCCAGCCUCUAUCUCCCCGCUCUCAGACCCCCUGUCGACAUCAUCUUCAUGCAUGCAGAGGUCCUACCCGAUGACCUACACUCAGGCUUCAGGUUACAGCCAAGGAUAUGCCGGUUCGACCUCCUAUUUUGGAGGUAUGGACUGCGGAUCUUAUCUGACCCCUAUGCACCACCAGCUCCCCGGACCGGGGGCUGCCCUUAGCCCCAUGGGCACCAAUGCUGUCGCCAGUCAUCUCAACCAGUCCCCAGCUUCACUUUCCACCCAGGGCUAUGGAGCUUCCAGUUUGGGGUUUAACUCAACUACUGAUUGCUUGGAUUAUAAGGACCAAACCGCAUCCUGGAAACUGAACUUCAACGCUGACUGCUUGGAUUAUAAAGACCAGACAUCUUCCUGGAAGUUCCAGGUUUUGUGA